AUGGCGUCCGGCGCAAGCGGGUCUUACAACAACCCCCUCAAGAAGUUCAAGCUUGUCUUCUUGGGCGAGCAGAGUGUGGGGAAAACGUCCCUCAUCACUCGGUUCAUGCAAGCUGUCAUUAAUGCUCAAAGGGCUGCUGCCUCGGCCCGGCUCGAACCCACCCCGUCUAAUUCGUUACAGACCAUGUACCUUGAGGACCGGACCGUCAGACUACAGCUUUGGGAUACCGCCGGCCAAGAACGUUUCCGCAGUUUGAUUCCUUCCUACAUCCGUGACUCCAGCGUCGCGGUCGUCGUCUAUGAUAUUUCAAAUGCGAAAUCUUUCCAGAACACGAAGAAGUGGAUCGACGACGUGCGCGCCGAGAGAGGGAACGAUGUGAUCAUCGUUCUCGUUGGCAACAAGACGGACUUGAACGACAAGAGAGAAGUGACAACUCAGCAGGGCGAGGAGGAGGCCAAGAAGAACAAUCUCAUGUUCGUGGAGACCAGUGCGAAAUUGGGACACAACGUCAAGACACUGUUCAAGAGAAUAGCGCAGGCUCUCCCGGGCAUGGAGGGAUCCGAUGCCGCCACGCAGGCCUCGAGCCAAAGUGCGUAUUUCCCUCAACAGCAGCAAGCAAGUAUUGGAGCGGACUGA